ACAUCAUUUUGUUAAUAAAACUCUGUCAACGGACAGAACCAGAUUUUAGUUUACUUUGAGACGGCUAAAAGAAAACAACCGAAAAAAAUUAAAUAAAACAAAUAUGGCUGAGAUACCCAAGUGGAUACAGAGUGAACAUUUUGAGAAUUUACUGCGUGAAACGGUGCCAAAUUUUAAAGAAAUUAAAACAUUUCGUGUUCGCAAUGCCUUGGGGCCAGGAGAGAAUUAUGUUGCCAUAGCUCUGAAAGUGGAAAUUGAAGUGUUGCUCACCGACGAUACUCUAGAAACUCAAUACUAUUUUCUGAAGGUUGCUCACGACACGGAAUUGUACAACACCUUGAUGUACAAAUGGAAUGUUUUCAACAAGGAAACGGAAGUUUAUCGUGUAUUCAUACCCGAGUUUGAGGAAAUGUAUCGUGAGGCAGGGGAAGAGGUGCGUUUUGGUCCCCAGGCAUAUAGUCUCCCAGUUGAGCAGGAAUAUUUGCUGUUGGAGGAUAUCAGUUUGAAGGGAUUUAAAAAUGCCAAUCGGCAAAAUUCCCUUGACAUGGAGCACUGUAAAUUUGCUUUGAAAAAAUUGGCUAAAUGGCAUGCAGCCUCUGCUGUUAGAGUAGAACAUAAGGGACCCUAUAAUGAGAUUUAUCUGAAAGGUUCCUUAAAUCCAGAUGGUGAACCUUUGAUACGUUCCAUGUCUACAGCUGGCAUACAGAAUGUCUUAAAGGUGUCGCAAGAUUUUGUCGAUAAAGAUAUUUACUAUGAGAGUUUGAAGAAAAUGAGUGUGGAGUUCAGUGACUUUCUGCUGCGUAAUGUCGAAUAUCCAAAUCCCAAUGAGUUUAACGUGCUCAAUCAUGGUGAUUUUUGGUGCAACAACAUGAUGUUCCAGUAUGAUGAAGCGAAUAACAUUGAAGAUGUCUAUCUGGUGGAUUAUCAAAUGGCUAGAUAUUCUUCACCCGGCGAUGAUCUUAUCUAUUUUUUGUUCACCUCUGUCCAGUUGCAGCUUAAAGUUGCCCAUUUCGAUGAACUUGUAAAGUAUUAUCAUGAUCAUUUAAUUGAGAAUUUGAAAUUGCUGAAAUACUCAAAGGAGAUGCCAUCCUUGGCGGAUGUACAUCGGAUGAUUAUGGAAUCACGGGCAUAUGGUACAUUUGCCGCUUUCAACAUUAUGCCCACAGCAUUAGCUGAUCCCGUGGAUUCGGCAACAUUGGACAAUCUCGUGAAUGACUCUGAACACAAUGCCAAUGUGUAUCAACAGGAACGUGUGAAAAAACAUUUGGAACUGGUACUGCCAUGGAUGUAUUAUAAAGGAUUCUUGGAUUGUAAAUGAUCACAAUUCAAACAAUUUCAAUUACAUCCGUUUCUUUUUCUAAAUUAUUUUUGUUUUGUUAUUGGUGGUGUUAUUUUAUUUUAAAUGUAAGAUAUAACAUUCUCAUUUCCUUGUUGUCCAUCGAAAUAUUUUCUUUAUGAAAAAUGUUUAAGUAGUUAAUUUAUAAAUGUAUGUGUAUUCUUUAAUAAGUGAUUUGUUAAGGUUGUUUAAAUAAGAGAUAAAAUGAUACGACAAUGUAAAAA